CGUUGUGAGCGCCGCGAAGGAGUUGGGUACGUUGAGCGCCAGGCGGGUUGUUCCUCCCCCCUUUUCUCUUUCUCUCUCUCCCGCCCCUCCUCUUCCUUCCUUUCUCCCUCCUCCCCCCGCUUCUUUGUUGGAGGUUCCCUCUCUUGCUGUCUCUGGGGAGGGCGGCGACAAGAGCCCGAGUCUGGCGAUGCCCGAGUUCCUGGCGGAUCCCUCGGUGCUCACCAAGGAGAAGCUGAAGAGCGAGUUGAUCGCUAACAAUGUGAGCCUCCCGGGCGGCGAACAGCGCAAGGACGUAUAUGUGCAGCUCUACCUUCAGCACCUCACCGCCCGCAACGCGCCCGGAGCCUCUUCGCAGCUAGACUUCUCCAGCGACGAGGAGCGGGAGCCCAUCCUAGUUGCCGCCCGAAACAGAGGCGGCGGCGCCACGGUCUCUGUGGGCCGGAAAGCAGCAAAGAAGACAGACAGACCAAGACAUGAAGAACGGGAUGAUACAGAUGUAACAGAGCUCACUAAUGAGGAACUCAAAGAACAGCUUCUGAAAUAUGGUGUGACUCCAGGUCCUAUUCUGGCUACUACAAGGAAGCUCUAUGAGAAGAAAUUACUGAAGGUGAAAGAACCAAAUCCAGAGCUAAGUUAUUUCCCAACUGCACCAACAGUUUCUUCAUCAGCAGAAAAUAAUAAGCAGAACGGAAAUGAUGAAUCUGAUCAAUACAGUGACAAUGAAGAAGAUCCUAAAGCUGAGUUCAUACUUGAGAAGCGGGAACCACUAAAGGGUAAAACAAAGGCUCCAGUAACACUCAAACAAAGAAGAAUUGCUGAAUACAACCAGAACUAUUCUCAGGAUGGAGUUACUGAGACUUUCUGGAGAAGUGGAUCUUCGAAAAGUGGACUUCUGCAGGCAGUUUCUAGGGAAUCUCCAAGAGUAUCAAGGAGGACACCAAGGAAAAGGGUUGAAACUACAAUACCGUUGCCUGUACAUGAUGCAGUAAUAUCACAGAGUACUCCUAUAGCUGAUACUGUAGUGGCUUCAAGCAACAACACCCUACAGGUUGUCAAUAGGGUGCCUGGAAAUAUCAAGCAUGCAGAUCCUAUACAGUCAAUCAGUGACUUCUCAGAGUUGGCCAGAAGAACAUCAAAGAAACCAUUGAUGACAGCUGAAGUGAUGGAGAAAACAUCUACAGAGGAAAGAAGAGUAGAAAGGGAUAUUCUUAAAGAAAUGUUCCCAUAUGAAGCAUCAACACCUACAGGAAUUAGUGCUAGCUGCCGCAGACCAAUCAAGGGAGCUGCUGGUCGACCUAUAGAAUUCAGUGACUUCCGACUGGAGGAAACCUAUUCAUCAAAAUAUAUCCCUAAAUAUCUUGCCUCAGCAGAUGUCAAACCAGAAAAACCAGCAAUUAAAAAACGCACCAUUCCUUUGUGGAUAAAAAUUCUGCUCUUCGUUGUUAUUGCAAUGUUCUUGUUUUUGGUCUAUCAGUCUAUGGAAGCCAACCAAGGAAAUCCAUUCUCUCAGUUCCUUAAUUUAAGUAAUACUGCAUAGGAAAAGACAGAGUGAGCUUUUAUUUGUAUGGCACACACAACUUGGUCUCCUAUUUUUAACUGUAAAGAUGUCUUCAUCCUUCCUCAUCUAUUCAGAGACUGCAUACAGACAAUAGCAACAUGAGAAUUUGCAAAGUGAAAUAACCAAUACAGUAAAUGGACAUCACUAACUUUUCUCAGAAUUAGGAGAUCACUUUGUGCCAUAAGGCCAUAUUUUUAGAUCUCCCUGGAACUUCUCGUAGGAUUUAUUUUUUUAAUGUGGACAUCAUUACAUUCAUUUGAAAUUGUAUAUUUGUUUUUGCAAGCUUGGAAGCUCAAAAGGGGCAAAAGUGUUAGUAAAAUGUGAAGGUGUGUUUAAAUGUUUUUACUUCAUGCUAAAAAGAUGCUGUACUGACAUUUCUCAACUUUUGCCUGUUGUUCCUAGGGAUGGAAGAACUAAUAAUGGGAAAUGCAUUGAUGCAUUUUGUUGAAACUGUGCAGCUAAAUUUAGUGUAUUGUAGUUUUGAUGGGAAAUUCAACAUUUUUUUCUGUAGAAUACUGUAACAUCUUAAUAAAUAAACUGUAAACCUAUUGUAUACAUUUUUGUAUCUGUCUUAGUUUUAAUUGUAGUAAUGCCAUUUAAACUUAGCCUCUAUUUUUAAUCAUAGUUCUAUUUUAGUGGUUUAUCUUAUAAUUGCUGAUCUAAUUGGCAAUAGGUGUCUUUAGAGUAAAACUUAUUUAUUAGUAAAAUUGUGUGAAAUAAAACUUACAUUAAAUAAGUUUAAUUACUUUUUUUACUGAAUAAUUGAUGUUAAAUCAUUAACUGCAGAGUUACAUUUGAGGCUUAGUACAAAAGGGUUCUGUUAUCAAGCAAGACCUUCUAUUUUUACAUAGGUAAAUUGAAUGUCAUGUUUAGAUAAAAAUAAUUUCCAACUGUAUUUUGUUUGAAGCAUCAUUCAGGUUCAUAUUCCACAACUUUGAUUUUUCUGGUAUUCAAAGGGCAUUUGUUAUUCAUGUGAUUAACUAAGAUUAAAAUGCGCUGUCCAUGGAUGCAGCUAUUUUAGUCUGCUAUAAUUUGUUGUCACUCACUUUUCCCAAUCAAAUAAUUUCCAUUCAUUUUUAUUAACUGUGGAUUAUUACAUAUUUAAAGUGAAUGUAUCAAUUUGCAGUAUAUAUAGGAUCAUGGUUAUUACUGCAUAUACUAUACAAAAUUGCAAUAAACUUAUUUUUAACCCUAA